UAAUAAGUACUGUCUGUAUGUAUAUAGGGAUUUCAGAGUUAAAGCCGAGUUAAAGACCCAACUGUAAUUACCAACGAAUUCUUGUUACCGUAAUGAAGAUUGGUAAUUGACAUUUUGUUUUGGACAUUGUUUAGUUACUGUUUCUCUCUCUUCAGAAGUGAAAUGGGGAUCAGCAGAAAUAACUCGGGAGUGCAUUCGUGGUGCUGUUGUGCGGAAGAGGUCGAGAUCCCUGCCACCUUGGAUUUUAUACAUCAGCCCUACUUGAAAGUGCUCUUCGUCGGCGUUGGUUGUUUACCGUCACCGAAGUAUUGGUGCUUGGUGUUUAGGGGUAAAUGUUACGGUAAUCGCAAAAUGUGCACUGGUCGCUAUGAUCGAGAGUGUGUGUUUAUUGGCCGGUCGAAGUCACGAAAGCAUGUUUGAGGGUUGUGGCCUUAUGCACAAGGGAUAAGUGACCGACCGCCCGGCAGUAUCCGCGAGUGUACUCGGUAUCUUUUCCCUGUAUUUUGAUUGUUAUUAAAUAUGAUACCUAUUGCUUAGUUAUAUAUAAAAUGUAAAAUCAGAUAGCAAUCAUUUUUCUAUUUGUUACAAACGUUAUUAUUGAUGAAAUGAACACCGUUCUUACUUAUUGAUAUUUGUUUGACAUUCAUUAUACUUACGUGACUAUUCCAUUUAUUCACUUUUAUUAUUAAUUAAAUAAUUAAAUGUUAUAUAUAUUUGCUAUGUUAUAAUUAAAACUUUAAAAAGCUCAUAUAAUUGUUUAUCACCACUUCGUCUACAACAGUUAAAAGACUAAAAGAACCUUCAAGUGCUAUUGCAUAUUUAUUAACUAGCGAAUAGUACUUGUGACAUCUGGCGACCGUGACAGGAUGUAGGCAGUGGUUUAAAAAGAUAAAUAGUGUUAAAAUUGAGUAAUCUGAAAGUCAGUCGGUAAUUAUGUCUUCCAUCGCGGAAUUAACUGCUCUCGGCAAAGAGCUUGGUUAUGAAGGCGAAGACCUUAGAAGAUUUGUAAGUGAUGAACAAAGUGCUUUAAGGGAUAUUAGAAAUAAGGAACGAGAAUUAGAACGUGAAAAACUAGAAGCUGCUCGUGAGGAAAGAGAAAGGGAACGCCAGGAGAAAGAAAGGAGCGUGAAUAUGACCGUGAAAAAAGUGAGAGAGAUAGAGCUCAUGAGAUUCGUUUGUAUGAUAUGCAAGAAUCUUUGCAAAAACAGGAGAUUGAGAAAUUGAAACUGCAAAAAGAAAUAAAGGACUCGCCAGUUAAUACCGAAGGUUCCGACACUGAAGGUAACCAGGUAAGAGUAAAAGUUAAAGGUCCUUCUAUUCCUGAUUUUGAUGAAAACAAAGAUGAUAUUGAUGCAUAUCUUAGGAGGUUUGAAGUUCUUGCUAGUGCAGCCAAGUGGCCUAAAGGGGAUUGGGCUAUAAUUCUAAGUUCACAUUUAAAGGGUGCAGCUUUGGAAGUUUACGUUAGACUUUCACCUGAGGAUGCUUUGGAUUAUAAUAAGGUUUCUGAAUCACUUAUGAAAAGAUUUGAUUGUACUGAGGAAGGUUUCAGAGUAAAGUUUCGGUCAGUUAAACCUCAGAAGAAUGAAUUAGUUGAACAGUUUGUGUCUAGAUUAAGACAUCUCUUGAAGAGGUGGAUUGAAAUGUCAAAGUGUGAAAUGACAUGUGAAGGCUUAACUGAUUUAUUUCUUAUUGAGCAAUUUUUGCAGAGUUGUGGCAGGCAGUUGCAGGUACAUCUGAGAGAGCGAUUACCAUUAUCGCUUAACAGAAUGAUUGAAUUAGCAGAAAGUUAUGUUCAAGCUCAUGGAGGUUUAUUUCAUAAUUCUAGAUAUUUUUCUACAGUACGUAGUGACAGAGUUGACUUAUCCGGGGAAGCGCAUCCUGAGCAGACUGCUAAACCCAUUCGAUGUCCACCCUCUAUUAAGUGUUAUAAAUGUGGACAAGUGGGUCAUAAGGCUUCAAAUUGUCUAGAAUAUGCAAAGGGAUCCAAGAAAAAUGGUCAUGCUGCAGCAGGAGAAGUUGUUUAUUGGACCAGAAAGGGCCGUAAAGGAAAUUUUAAAGAUCCUGUUGUGGAUAUAAAUAAAGAAGUGUUUGAAAAUGAUCACACUGAGUUGGCAAGUGUUGCUUCUGAUAUGCCUGUCGAGGAGGGUAUUUUAUACGGGAACCCAGUGAAAGUUUUGAGGGACACUGGUUGUACAACUGUCGUAGCCAGAAAAGACUUGGUGCCUGUUGAACAUUUUACUGGGUAA